AUGUCCGAAGGCCACGAUGCCCCCGUUGUCGAUACAUCGGCUGCCGUUGCUGGCGACAGCACCGGUGCGGCCCCCGUGGCCGUUGAUACUCGCCAUCAUGCCGACAACCAUCAUGACCAGGCCCAGCCGCACAUUGAGAAGGAGCAGGACUCCGUAGGGCGACUCACGCCUCGGCCAACAUUCAUGGAUCAUCUGGUGAACUCCCGGGAUGCCCAGUUCCAUCUCAAUCGUCGUGAAUCGAGUGAGCUGGAGCGGUACUUUCACGGUCCCCGUGAUAUGGACAAGCACUCGAAAUGGCCCAUCUUCAUGCGAAUGCACGGCAGUGUUACCCCCAAGAUGAUCCUGCCCCUUUUAAUCGUUGGCGUUUGGGCCACUGCCAUUACUUGCAUUUGCCAAUUUGUUUGGAAUAUUGGUGUCAACAAUAUCCUGCUCACCGUGCUGGGUUUCGUGGUGGGUUUGGCAUUGUCGUUCCGCAGUUCGACUGCGUACGAGAGAUGGGCGGAUGGUCGCAAGUCCUGGGCUCAACUCGUCCAGACUUCUCGCAAUCUUGCCCGCACAAUCUGGGUCAACGCCAGCGAACGUGAGGGCGAGAAUGGCAAGGUGGAUAUUCUUCGUAAGGUUUCUGCCAUGAACCUCAUCCUCGCAUUCGCCGUUGCCCUUAAGCACAAGCUCCGCUUUGAACCGGACGUCGCAUACGAGGACAUUGCCGGUCUCGUCGGCCACCUGGACACUUUUGCCCGCGAGGCACACGACCGCAAUGUCCUCAACCCCCACCACAAGUCUUUCUGGAAAUCGACUGGAGAGUAUCUGGGUGUUUCCUUUGCCGAGUCCAACCCCCGGAAGCUGAUCAAGCGGUCCAAGAAGCCACUGGGUCACCUUCCCCUCGAGAUUCUUAACCACCUGUCUGCAUACAUUGAUUCGAUCGUCGCCAACGGUACCCUAACCUCUGGACUGCACCAAAGCCAGGCCAUCACCAUGAUCUCCACGCUGAACGAGGUCCUCACCGGAACAGAGCGGGUGCUGGAAACCCCUCUGCCCGCAGCAUAUACCAUCGCCAUCUCCCAAAUCUCGUGGAUCUACGUAAUGGUCCUCCCCUUCCAACUGUGGAAUUCCCUGAAAUGGGUUACCAUCCCUGCCGCCAUGGUCGCUGCAUACAUCAUCAUCGGACUCGCCACCAUCGGCAGUGAAAUCGAGAACCCAUUCGGCCAGGACGUUAAUGAUCUCCCCCUCGACACGUACUGUCGCCAGAUCGCCGUGGAGCUAGACAUUAUCACGGCUACACCACCCCCCAAGGUCGACGACUUCAUGACUCGUCCUGAGAACCUUGUUUUCUUCCCACUCAGCGAGAACAGCUAUGACGACUGGAAGGCCCGCAGCAAGGAGGAUAUCCGUGCUGCGCUUCGGGCAAAGGUGACCUCCAGCCCAGGUCUGAGCUCUGCUGUGGACGGGUCUGAUGCUUCCACCCUGAUAACUCGUAUCACCAACCAGACUAAGCAGUCUGUUUGA